CAAAGACCACAGGAUACUACAUGGCUGAUCCGGGAGAUUUUCUAAUUACUCUGAACCCUCCCCCCAGGAGACUGACGGUGGUGAAUUGAUCCUCCAAUGACAAUUACCCAAUACGCGCAUACGCAAUUUUCAGGGACGCUCUGCGACUUUUACGCCUGUGCAUCGAUCACUUUGACUCGUAGGUGGCAGUAAUGCUUCUUCCUGAGAGCUGCAAGCCGCCAUCAGCACAAAAGAAGAAAGAGGAGGUUAGAAACAGCAAAGAAUGUGUGUAGGGGAAUCUCAAACACAACAACAAGGGAUUCUCUCAUUCAGCCAACCUGCUGAGACCCCAGUGGAGAGAGAGGUCAUUCACCUGCUCUGUGUGUAGGAAGAAAUUCACUCACUGAGCCAAACUGCAGACUCACCAGUGAGUUCAGAAGGGAGAGAGUGUUCAACUGUUCCGUGCAUGGGAAGACAUUCACUUGGUGAUGUGAUCUGCUGACACACGUGUGAAUUCACACUGGGGAGAGGGCAUACAUCUGCUCAGACUGUGGGAGGGAAUUCACUCUGUCAUCCCAUCUAAUGGCACAUCAGUCAGUUCACACUGGGGAGAUGCCGUUCUUUUGCUCAGAUUGUGGGAAGGGAUUCACUCGGUCAUCUCAGCUAAAGGUCCAUCAGCGAGUUCACACUGGAGAGAGGCCAUUCACCUGCUCAGAUUGUGGGAAGGGAUUCACUCGGUCAUCUCAACUGAAAGCACACCAGCGAGUUCACACAGGAGAGAGGCUGUUUACCUGCUCAGACUGUGGGAAGGGAUUUCCUUAUUCAUCUCAUCUGAAGGCACAUCAGAGAGUUCACACCGGGGAGAUGCCGUUCACCUGCUCAGACUGUGGGAAGGAAUUCUCACGAUCAUCACAGCUGAAGGUACAUCAGCGAGUUCACACUGGGGAGAGGCCGUUCACCUGCUCAUACUGUGGGAAGAGUUUCUCUCAGUCAUCUCAUCUGAAGGCACAUCACCGAGUUCACACUGGGGAGAGGCCAUUCACCUGCACAGACUGUGGGAAGGGAUUCACUCUGUCAUCCUACCUUCUGGCACACCAGUCAGUUCACACUGGGGAGAGACCGUUCAUCUGCACAGACUGUGGGAAGGGAUUCACUCGAUCAUCUCAACUGAAGGUUCAUCAGCAAGUUCACACUGGGGAGAGGCCGUUCACCUGCUCUGAUUGUGGGAAGGGAUUCUCUCGGUCAUUUGAACUGAAGUCGCAUCAGCGAGUUCACACUGGUGAGAAGCCGUUCACCUGCACAGAUUGUGGGAAGAGUUUCUCUCGGUCAUCUCAUCUGAAGGUACAUCAGCGAGUUCACACUGGGGAAAAGACGUUCACCUGCUCAUAUUGUGGGAAGGGAUUCACUCAGUCAUCUCAACUGAAAGCACACCAGCGAGUUCACACAGGAGAGAGGCUGUUUACCUGCUCAGACUGUGGGAAAGGAUUUCCUUAUACAUCUCAACUGAAGGCACAUCAGCGAGUUCACACUGGGGAGAAGCCGUUCACCUGCUCAGACUGUGGGAAGAGUUUCUCUCAGUCAACUCAUCUGAAGGCACAUCAGCGAGUUCACACUGGGGAGAGGCCGUUCACCUGCACAGACUGUGGGAAGGGAUUCACUCUGUCAUCCUACCUUCUGGCACACCAGUCAGUUCACACUGGGGAGAGACCGUUCAUCUGCACAGACUGUGGGAAGGGAUUCGCUGGGUCAUCUCAACUGAAAGCACACCAGCGAGUUCACACAGGAGAGAGGCUGUUUACCUGCUCAGACUGUGGGAAAGAAUUUCCUUAUUCAUCUCAACUGAAGGCACAUCAGCGAGUUCACACUGGGGAGAGGCCGUUCACCUGCUCAUACUGUGGGAAGAGUUUCUCUCAGUCAUCUCAUCUGAAGGCACAUCACCGAGUUCACACUGGGGAGAGGCCGUUCACCUGCACAGACUGUGGGAAGGGAUUCACUCUGUCAUCCUACCUUCUGGCACACCAGUCAGUUCACACUGGGGAGAGACCAUUCAUCUGCACAGACUGUGGGAAGGGAUUCGCUCGGUCAUGUCAACUGAAGGUCCAUCAGCAAGUCCACACUAGGGAGAGGCCAUACAUCUGCUCUGAGUGUGGGAAGGGAUUCUCUCGGUCAUUUCAACUGAAGGCGCAUCAGCGAGUUCACACUGGGGAGAGGCCUUUCACCUGCUCAGACUGUGGGAAGGGAUUCACUCUGUCAUCCUACCUUCUGGCGCACCAGUCAGUUCACACUGGGGAGAGACCGUUCAUCUGCACAGACUGUGGGAAGGGAUUCACUCAAUCAUUCCACCUUGUGACGCACUACCGAGUUCACACUGGAGAGAGGCCGUUCACCUGCUCAGACUGUGGGAAGGGAUUUCCUCAGUCAUUUCAACUGAAGGUACAUCAGCGAGUUCACACUGGGGAGAGGCCGUUCACUUGCACAGACUGUGGGAAGGGAUUCACUCGGUCAUCCCACCUUGUGACGCACUACCGAGUUCACACUGGGGAGAGGCCGUUCACCUGCUCUGAAUGUGGGAAGGGAUUCACUCAAUCAUCCCACCUUGUGGCACACUACCGGGUUCACACUGGGAAAAAGGUUUAAAUAAGCUGCUUCCUGGAUGUUUAACCAUCACAGUCGCUGAAACCAGAUGCAAAGUGACUGUUGGUGUUGAACUCUGCAAUUAUUGCUGCUGCUCAUCACACCCAGUUCUGCACCCUGGUCACUGCGCAUGGGAAGAGUUUCUUCUGCUGAUGUUCACCUUUAAUGGGACUGGAGUCUAAUAUUCUGGAUCUGUGACUAAUACAUCUACUUUAAACUUUGUCUCAGGUGCUUAGUGAAUCUCAACACAGUCAGUGUACAGUAGAGAGUCAACUCAGCCCAGCUGGUCCCUGCCAGAGUUUCUGUUCCAUGACAGUCCUUUUAAAUUUGUUUCUGUUCACUUCUCGCUCUCCCUGUGGUGAAUAGUCACCUCUCUGAGUGAAGAGGUUUCCCUUGAAUUCCCUGCAUGACUUUCUGCAGACUGACGAAGGAGCUGACUGCAGUUACAUCUGACAUGUUCUUCAUCCCUCAAAUCUCUGCGUUGAGGCAGAAUGACAUUGGUAGUUAGCCCUCUAGUUUAGCAAUCAAUCGUCUGCUUGUAUUUUAAGUUGUCUUUAUAUGCAUAACAAUUUAAUAUGCCUCCAGUAGCUGUACAAAGUAUAAUUAUGAAAGUUUCUUUGUACUUUAUCAAGUGAGCAAGUGUUUUCUCAUUGGUUGAUUUUUACUGAGUAUUGCCUAAGUGUUUUCUAAUUGGAUUAUUACUAUCUAUAGAUUUGAAUGGAAUUUCUUUUAUCUUUGGAGUUAGCAGUUUUAUGUUUGGUGUUAUCUUUACUUUCUCUCUGUUCUUUACGUAUUAGACCCCUAUCUCAGUUCUGUUCCUGUUCUAUCAACUUUGAAUAAAACAAUCAUGAAGGAACAAGUUUUAUGCCUUG